CGAGGGUGUUAUAACGACUGUAAUUUAAUUAUAAUAAGUUAAUUAGUAUACUCAACACACACUGUAUUGUUUCCAAUGCUUUGUAAUUGGCAUAUACAUCAAAUUUCCAGUCAAUAAUUCCUAAAGCGUCUGAUUGACAAGAGGUGUUUCUUGUUGCCGUGACAACGUGAAAUGCAAUAUGGCGGCACACAGUUGAAUGAUCAGACCACUGGAUUUUAAAUCAAUCUUUUGGCAGAUUGGUCAGAGCAUUUCCCAAUUCAAAUAUGGCUAGCCUGAGUCAUGGUCAGCUGCUUGUCCAUGCGGUCCGAGUGCUGGACACCUACAACAGAGACAUGCAGUCGGUUGAGGAACAUGUUAACAAAUGCCUCAAGGCACAGAGGAUAUAUGACGAAGGAGACCAGACCUUCAUAGUAGAAGUCUUUUCAAACUGUGUCCGCUACUGGGAUCUCAUGAAAGUCAUUACAGAUGGCUUCUUUGUUAAAGAUGGAAAAAAUGUGCUGCGAUCAGAAGAGAACUUGUAUAUUGUUACCAGUUACCUGGCGUUCUUUAGACUGGACGAAUUGGGGGUAGAACACUUUAGGAAAUUUGUCAGCGCUCAGGAUAUCAACAAGAUGUAUCGGUUUCUAAACUUUUGCUUAAAUGAGAGGAACUUGCUGACAUGGAUGAAGGAUGGCUGGGAGAAAUUUUAUGAACAUACAUUUGUACAGACAGGCAUCUUGUCUCCAAUACAAAGAUGGAUGCCAGAACUUCAGGAAAUGUUAACACAUAUGAAAGCCAAAAUAGACAACAAAAUCAAACCUCGUCGCAAGACCACGCCCAAAACAGAAACGAGGCCUUUUGACAUCACACAGCCUAGACCAAGGAGUAUACCAAUACCAGAAGCAAUUCCCAAACUGCACAAACAUAAGCCACCCCCUCGUUCAUUAUAUGACGAUCCUGAAGAAUUUGAUGUCCUCAAGAGGAACAGGGAUGUUAACAGAAGAAAAGCAGAGGAGCGACUAAUGGAAGCCUCCCGGAUACAGUUUGCUUGUGCAAACCCUGAAAAGUCUGACAAGACAAAAGAAAUCUGGAACAACAUUAUCAGUGAAGAGGAUGGCAAACUUGACUUUGAGAGGCACAGAGCUAAACCCACUCCGUCCUUCCUGAGUAAAGAAGUUCCAUUUAAGAUGAACACCACUGCCAUUCUGAGGGAGGGGCACUUGUAUUCACAGCGAGAGGAGAAGGAAAUAAAAAGGUUUGAAAACUUGGAAGCUGGGGCCAAGGAUAAGAGCGAAUUUGAAAAAUGGCAGAACAAAAUGAAAACUCAGGACCUUGAACAGGAAUUGGCAGCCAUUGAACGGCGUCGUUUGGAAGGCAAGCUGAGCCAUGAAGAGGCCAUUUUGGCACGACAGAAUCUCAUGCGAACAAACAAACAGAAGGUCCUCAAUCACAGAGAGGAGACAAAGAAAAUGUUUGAUGAAUUCCUACAUCAGAAGUUUAAGGAGGAGCAGGAAAUGAGGACCUUGGUGGAACAGACGAUGCAGGGCCACAAAAAUGCCAAGGAUGCUACUAAGAAAAUUCAGGAGAUCAAACGGAAAAUUGUUCAGGAUGUGAAUGAGGAGAGCCGAGAGUUGAUGAAGCAGGCUGUUGAGGAGGCGGAAUCUGAGAUGAGGAGGCGGAUGGAGCUGAUUCACCAAAUCCGCGCCAUGGAGGCUGUUCCAAUCAUCCGGCAAAAGUUUGUUGACCUCACAGCGACCUCUGGCCAUGGACUGCUCAGUGAAAUGUCAAUUGCGGAGCUUCGUGAACGCAUGUCGCUGCUAGCAACAGCCGAGGAGGAACUAGAGGAACAAAGGAGAGAUGAUAUACUGGCCAGCAAACAGGCUAAAGACCAGAAACUACUUGACACACUGGAAACAAUAUCCCGCCACCGUCUGGAGCAGACCAAGUCUGCGGCCAUCAGGUUCGAGAAACGAAAGAAGGGAGAACCUAGACCCCUACAGGUAAAGGAUGAGAAACUCACUGAAUUAGAACGGAGGCUGGAGGAGCGUAAAGCUACGAGGAAACGUGAACAAGAGAGUGCCAGGAUCACCUCUAGUCGAAGUGCGGCCAACCGUACACAGAGCCUUAUUAACCAAAAGAAAGCACUAGAGGAGAACCGAUGGAAAGAACUGGAAAUGACUCGCGAGCGUACGGCUAAAAUGAUGAAUAGUGGCUUACAGAGCAAGUCAGCCAACAGGCUAGCGGUCAUAUGAGAAACAUAAAUGUACACUUCAAACUAUAGAAUUUACAGUAUGCAAAUAGCAUUAUUUGAAGAUGUGAUCCUCAUCUCUAAAAUCUGUUUAAAAAUAGGAUGGGCUUAUUACUGAGCAUGUGGGCACGUGAUCAUGUGAUGUAAUUAGCUUUGCUUGGCUCUAGUAGACUGAAUAGCACCACCAUACAACCCAAAGAAACAUCAGAAUGUUCCCGCAACUAAUUUUUAACGUCAUAGGAAUACAUCUGAGUAUUUUAAUCUAAAAAUGUCUGGCUGAAUUCUUGAAGGAGGAAGAAACUUAGAAGAAUAUUUUAAGUAUUCAAUGGAACGUCAGAAGGGACUAUUGAGACAUUUGAAAGAAUAACUGUUACCAGAAAUAAGUUCAAUAUAUCACAGUAAUGUCAAACAGUAUUAUCAAUUUUCACAAAAUGUUCUAUACAUCUUGUACCACCUGAAUCCCCCUCUGAAAUUAUCCUUCUAUUUGAGACAAUGAUAGUUUAAUAUUACUUGUUAUGAAGUUCUAAUCAUUUUUUUCAAUUGAAUUGAUUUAAACAUUCAUUAUUGAUAUUUAAGAAGUAUUUCUAUCUUUUGGUUGAAAAAAAUGAUCUAUAGAAAAUAAAGAAACUAAAAUCACCUUGAGCUAUUUAGGUGUUAAUAUUUCAAAUAAACGUUCAAAGAUUCUUGGGGUGUGAAUUGUUCACUUGGUAAUUAAGGCUCACAGAGUUUGAAUUUGAAAUGCACAAUAAGUGUGUAUGAUCCUCUAGAUCUGCUAUAUUAGAAUACCUAUCAAAGUGGAUAAAUAUAUAUAUGUAUGUGUAUAUAUGUAUAUACAUAUUACUGUGUGUGUGUGUGUGUAAGAGAGAGAGAGAGAGAGAGAUAGAGAGAGGGAAAAGAGAGAUGGAUAGUUGUGUAUGCAAGUCUAUUUAUUUAGCAAAGAGAGAGAGAAAUAUAGAGAAGGAGAAAGAGAGAGAUGUAGGAGGGUCAAAAGAAAUUGAAUUCUGUAAAUAUUUGUUUUGAUAUUUUUUUGCAAUUAGCAUACUCGACCUAAUAAAUGCCACAUCCUUUAUAAUUUUAUAUAAGUUUGUUAUAAUUUAAGCACCCCUUUUUUCUGGUCCAAGUGUCCAAUUGCUUCAUGAAACGACCUUCAUUUACUGGCUAACUUGAAAAAAAGUGUCUGUGAUGGUUUUUGUUUUGUGAGAAUUUUGAAAGGAUAUGAAGCUAUUCAAAUUUUUACAAAUUACAGAAUUAUUAGGUCAAUCAUGACAUGUUAUAAUUUGCACCCAAAAAUUGUUUAAUAUUUUCUUUUCACUGUGAUACAAUUUGUCAAGAUAUAAAUAUAUUUUAUAUUUGUAAAAU